AAAUGUUUGUCGUAUUUUUAGUAAUUAAUCAGGGACCUAACAGAUGUUUUAUUUACGCUGUUGUAAUGCAUUCAUUUUAUCAUAGUUCAAACUGGAAGCAAUAUUAACUUUCAAGCAUAACAUAAAAGAAUCCCUGUUCAUUUAAACACCUAAAACAGACCGUAGUUGCAUCCUGUGAUGGUUAAGGUGAGUCACUCAAGUUUAGUCACUCAUAGUAUAUGAAGGUAGGACGCCACAUCCAAACUCAAUUUGUGAGAUGGCUUUAUCUACCUUUAUAAAGUCUCCUUUUUCCACAGAUGCUGUCUGUGUAGUCAUGUCUUGGUUUUGGACAAUUUAUUCAGUGAAUAAAUAGAAAUAACUAGUGAAAAUGUGUUCUUGUAAUGUGUACAAGAACAAAUUGUGUUGAAUGCAUGGUUUGUAUACAAUUGCUUUGAUUUGCAUACCUGAGCUUUAAAAUGUCAUAUCCUUAUUUUUUCUAUAUAUUUGUGGAAUGUGUAUUUAUGCUUUAGUUAGUACCAUAACAAAUGUCUGGUUAUCAAAGUAAUAAAGUUUAUAUGUGGGGGAGGGGUGACUGUCAUAUGCAUAUGGCAUCAUACGGAAAAUUUUGGCCCUUCUUCUGUCUGUUUUAUAUUUAUAAGUAUACCACUUAAUUAUUUAUCCAAUAAAAAAACAAGAAGGGAAUCCUCUUAAGUUAACAACAGCAUGAGUAAAGCUAUACAUUUUGGAGGUUCCAGAGCAUUUUAGAUGAAGCCUUUAUUCUCCUUCUACACAAUAUAUUUUAACAGCUUACAACAUUCAAACUUUUAAUCACCUGCUGGGUUAAUUGUGUGUGUGUGUGUGUGUGUGUGUGUGUGUGUGUGUGUGUGUGUGUGGUGCACAACAACAUAACUGCUUCGGCAAUAAGAAAAUAUUUACCAAGCAACCUGAUGCGCGUUCAUGCUGCGAGGUGACGUAUUCAAUCAUUAACUCUGCUUGUCCUCCGGAGUCUAUCGCAGGUACAGAUAUAUGUGCUCAAUAUACUAGAGAGAGGGGAAACGGAAGGACUAAAUCCAGGAUAAAUAGAUUUGAAUGGCCACAGACAAAUGGGUGAAAGAAAACCUCUCAUCGACGACAGUUCGUUCAAAUAAUUCGUAUUUUUACCUCUCAGGGUGAGGGGGUCAAAGUUCACUCGUGCUUGUCCGUCAUUGAGAGUGAACAGGUUUUAGUCAGUCCGUGGUGGAAUAACAAGAUCUCAUGACGAUAAAACGAUGACAAAACAAGACAUAUAGCAACGUUUUUUGUGUUAAUGGCUGAAAUGAAGAUUACAUUGGGCAAAAAUAAUGGUAGUUCUGUCCUCCAAGCCCUGAUGCUGUAAAGGGGUUAAAAUCAAAAACCAUAUUCUACUUCACCGGUCCUGGGGUGGGUGGACCACUAGUAUGGACCCCUGGCAAAAUCUGGUGUCCAGAUGUUCGGCAUGGUGGCAGAUGCAUACGCCGCAUGCUUUGAGAGUUUGUGUGUAUGAAGUGUGUAAACCUCUGGUGCCACUUCUGCUGGGCAUCGCGGCCCUGGUGGCUGUGAUUGUGUAUGCUCUGGCAGAUAAUCUACACAGUUUUGUAAGCAGGAUCUUCCUUCCCCAGUAUCACUAUCCUUAUGCGGUGCCACUUGCAUUCAUGCAGGUAUUUUUAAAUCUCCUGGCACUGCUAGCUUUGCACGGUGUGGGUCUGAUCCACCUCAAGCCUUUUUCACUGAGGCUGGGUGAGCGUUUGUUUGUGCCGGCGAUCUGUGGGAGCAUCCAGUGCAUUCUGGCCAUAUGGGCUGAAGCCUAUUCCCACUCUGGCCUGUACCUGCUAAUCGCCCGUUUCCUCCCAAUGGUCAGUGUGAGCUUGAGUCACCUGUUUGCACUGAGUAUGCCAGGCUCCAUCCAUGUCUCCUGCCUUCUGACUGUGCUCACUUUCGCCUCAGUCACUGUCACAGCAUGUAAAGGACUUCAUGCGAUGGAGCCGCUGGAGUAUGUCUUCUCUCCCCUCAGCCUUGUCCUCCACAGCCUCUCUCUUGCCUGGCUAGCCAAAGUCUCCCAAAUGGAGCGAGGCCAUACCUCGACCUUUGACCUUUACUACACUCUGACAGUGACACGUACCCUCUUAUUAGGGUUCCUAUGUGUUUUGCACCCUGAUGGACCAAAGGCACUGAUUUAUGGCAACUGGCACAGUCUGCUGUUUCUGGGAUACAUGCUCGGGAUGUUACUGCUGGGUGCUGUACAGCUUCUCUUUGUGGAUGUAACGGCGCUGUAUUUUUCUGCUCUCCCAGCAGCUGUGCUGCAUGCGACCAGAGGGCUGGUCCUACCCCUGUUCAGUCUACUAUAGGACACACGAACCAAUCAGAAUGUAGAUCAUUCUGAAGAGGAAAACAGUUUAUGUAGAGUAACCAAUCAAAUACCUGAUACCAUGAUUGAUAAUAACAGUAUUAGAACUUAAUUUAUAGACAUGACAGCCUCAUAUAUGCUAAUUAUAAUUAAUAUGGUAAUACUACCAGCAAGCACUGAUGUGCGACUUCUGUCUUCACUUGCACUGAAACUACGAUACAACUAAGACACACAUCCUACAAAUGGGGUGUUUUCAUGAAGGAGCUGAUACUUAAGUUCUGGAUUUAAAUUAUAAAGGUAAAAUAUAGGUUUCUCUGAACAGCUUUUUUGUACAGACUAUUAUUUCUAUAUAUCAGCUGGAAGUUCUGAGAAAGAAAAAAUUAUACUUUUUGCAUAAAGAAGUGUAAACCUUUUUAGGACCUUUAGGGUAUAUCCUAAACCACAAUUCUUAAUACUGAUUACAGCAAUGCAAAAAUAAUAAACCUUAAAGGCCCUAAAAUUGCUUAAUGUUUAAUGCAAAAUAUGAGGGUGAAAUAUGAUCCAAGCAUGUUCUUGACAAGCUUUGUGAGAUUUACCCAAGUAUGCCAUUCACCUUAAAAUAACCUUACAUAGACCAGAGGAGCCUUCACUGUUAAAAUGGAUGGUUUGUAGAAAUCCCAGCUUUAAAGUGCAACGCACAGUAGUGAUAUACAUUGUUCAAAUAGAAAACCUGUGACUCAUGUUUUUAUUUAGCUCCUAAUAUACAGUACAAACUACAGUAUUAUUGUUAAUGUUUGGAGCAAAUAAAACAUAUUGAUGAGGCUUUCGCAUGACUAAACCAAA